ACUUCAGGGUCAACAGAUUCUAAUUCAGCUUAUUAUUCUGGAGAGAUAUGAAAAGUAUACUUAUCUUAUUUAUUUUUGUUUUCUUUUAGUUAUUUUUAACAUCAUUAACAUAAUCAUAACUUGAUAGUUUAUCGUAUUUAAAAACUAUUCUAAAAAUCGAAUUUAUAAUACCAGAUAUUUUUUUAUUUUCUUUUGUACCUUCUUAGCUAUUGAUAGGUAACUCUUCAAUAUUUUCUUCAUCAAAAUUAUAAUAAUAUUUUUUUUUCUUCUUUUCUGAAUGUAAUUCUUCCUAAAAUUCUUCUUCGGAUAAUCUAGGAGAAAAUUAUUAUACUUUUUUUAUAUAAUUUCCAUCUAUUCUGUAUACAUCGAAUUCUAUAUUUGCUUAGACAAAAUCUUAAAAAUUACAAAGUUUCAAAUAAUCGAAAUUUUAUUUUAAAUAUUCGGUCAUAGCAUAUACUUAAUCGCUAUAUCUAGGCACCUUUUCAUAAAAAAUGGCACUCCAAACAAGCGCAUCCAACUUAAAAUAAUGGUUAUUGCAUGUCUUGGGAUUUUCAUUAAAAUGUUAAUUAAAAAGUUAUCUAUUAGAUUACAUAAAAAUAUUUAUAUCUUAUUGGAAAUCAUUCUUUUUUUUAAUAUGAAUUUAAGAAAUAUUUUCUUUUGUGUAUUUUUUGAAAUAUUUAAGAAGUUAGUUGGCUAAAUAUUUACUCAAAUUUGUAUUUAUUUCAUUAAGUCUAUUUUAUAAAAGCCAAAUAUGAAUAUUUAAAAUAGAAUGCUCGAUAUGAAAGUCAGGAGGAAUUUACAUAAGAACUGUAAAUUCAAGACAGUUAGUGUAAUGGACUAGUCUCAAAAAUAAAAUUUGGAUUAAAUUAUCAUAAUUCUGUUUUGUUUCUAGUUUGCUUUUUUAAAAAAGUUUCGCCAUUAAGAGUUUAAAUAAAUCUUAAAGUGUAUAAAUACGUCCUGAUAUUUAUUUAUAUUCUUUUUGAAUAGAUAUGUCCUGGAAAAUAUUUAAUCUUUAGUACAUUGGGCGAAAAUCAUCAAAAAGUAAAAAGUUUCGUUUUUACCAAUUUUUGAAUUAAUGUAAAACACGUUAAUUUGAUGAUGUCCAUAUGCAUUUAUAAAGGAUUUUAUUUCUUUGUG